GCAACCUGUAGCAUUUGUUUUUAUAUAUUACCGAUAAGUAAGGCGCGGGGAUAGUUUUCAAACUGGCUCAGUAUAGUUUCUUAACGACUUCAACGCACGUCCAGCCCAAUAGCUUCAAAAACUAAGAUCAAAUUCAACAUAUUAAGUUUUAUUUCGAAUAAAUUCCUUUUCUAUCAUGUCUGCUCAUGGUAAACGGCCGGUAAUCCUGCUAAAGGUUCCAUCGUCUGAAGAUUUAUAUGGAUCCGCCAUGCGUCGGCAUAACCUGGAACCGAUUUACAUUGCUCCCGCGCAAUUAGUGUUUAAGAAUCUAAAGACACUGCAAAUGAAGCUCCAGGAACCGCACAGAUACGCUGGGAUUAUCUUUGCGUCCCCCCGAUGUGUCCAGGCUGUGAACGAGGCUCUGGAGAACGCUCCACUACCCAGUUGCUGGCGCUCUCUAAACAAUUACUCCUUAGGAAAAAGCACCCACAGCUUGGUUUGGAAUACCUUGCAGAGACUGUCCACUAUGGGCGAUUACACAGUGAAUGCCAAUAAUUUGUGUGACCUGAUCGUAGAAACGUUUGGACCCAAGCGGGAGCUUCCGCUGCUAAUGCCCUGCGGCAAUGGAGUCGGACAUACGCUUCGACUCCGGCUGGUGGCCCAGGGAUUCCGGGUGGACGUCUGCGAAGUCUACGAGAGUCAGUCCCAUCCGAAGUUUAUCGACCAGAUGCGUCAAGCUCUCAAGCUUAAGCGAAUGGAGACGAUCGUUUUCUUUGGGCCCUCCAGCGUCCGCAGUUCCCAGGAGUUUUUCGACAGCUUCAACGUUUCCACCAAGGAUCGCAAGCUGAUCGCUGUCGGAGAUGCUACCAGAAAAGCCAUGGAGGACGCGGGCCUGCAGGUGAACGCCGUGGUGGAGGCUACGAAUGUGGAUAAGCUGAUUAAGACCAUUCAAACUUGAUGAUUUUUUGUUAUUAGUUGUUUGUACCUUGGUAUGUUUUUCCAAAUCUGUUUAGUGCUGUAGCAGAGAGUAAUUCCAAGAAUAGUUUUAUCCGGAACUCGAUCAAAUCUGUUAAAUAAAUGUUCAUUAAUAAUAAAUGUA